GGAGCCGGAGCCGCCGGUGCUGCCGCUCGACAUGGAGCCGCCCGCCGUGCCGGUGGCUGUGGUGGCGGUGGCGUCCCUCGUGCUGCUGUGCUGCGCAGGGAAUUCCCCUUUUUACUAGUUUGCGUCUUUCCGGGAAUGAUUAUAAGAGCUACUUCAGCCUGUUGUUAUGAGAGUCUAACAAGAAGUCUACAAAUAACUUCAGCUGACCAAUCCAUGUUUGAAAAAGCACAAGGAGAGAAGGUUACAUUGCCAUGUACUUUCGUACUCUCAGAAGAAGAUGAAGGCCCACUAGACAUAGAGUGGGUAUUGAUACCAGCAGAUAAUCAAAAGAAGGAGCAAACAAUCAUUAUGUAUUCUGUAGACAGGAUUUAUAAUCAUUAUUAUACUGCUAUGACUGGGCGGGUACAGUUCGCUAGUCUUGAUCCCAGAUCUGGUGAUGGUUCGUUGGAUAUUCUGAAUUUGAAGUCAGCAGACACUGGCACGUACCAGUGCAAAGUGAAGAAGGCUCCUGGAGUUCAAAGCCAAAAGAUACAGUUACUUGUACUAGUAAAGCCAGCAAGAACUAAAUGUUCCAUUGAAGGAUCACAGGAGAUCGGAAAAGACGUUGUCUUGAAAUGCAAGUCACAAGAAGGAUCCCCGCUUUUGUCUUACGACUGGAGGAGAGCAUCUGGCACCCUGGAACUUCCUAACACUUCCAUGCAGAACAGAGAUACAGGGGAACUUCUCUUGAAAAAUGCCUCUCAAGACUAUUCUGGUACAUACAAUUGUAUUGUCUCCAACAGAGUUGGCACGGAUGAAUGUUCUAUCAGGCUGAAUGUCACUCCUCCUAUAAAUACAGCUGGAAUAAUUGCUGGAGCUAUUAUAGGAACUCUGCUGGGUCUUUCUGUACUGGCUUUUCUAGUGUUCUGUUGCUGUAAGAAACACAGAGACAAGAAAUACGAGAAAGAAGUACAUCAUGAUAUCAGAGAAGAUGUUCCACCUCCAAAAAGUCGCAGUUCAACAGCCCGCAGCUACAUAGGCAGCAAUCGUUCUUCUCUGGGUUCAAUGUCUCCCUCAAAUAUGGAAGGAUAUACCAAAACUCCAUAUAGCCAAGUCCCAAGUGAAGACUUUGAACGUACUCCUGGUCAAAACCAAACCUUUGCACCUUCAAAGGUAGCUGCACCUAAUUUAAGUAGAAUGGGAGCUGUUCCUGUGAUGAUUCCAGCACAAAGCAAAGAUGGGUCCAUAGUAUAAAAUAUUAAUUUAAAUGCUGGUUUUUAAGUGUUCAUUGUAAGUAAUAGAGAAAACUACUGUGUUCCAUCCCUCAUUUAAACAAUGGCAUGUGUUUUUCUGUGAAGAAAAUGAACAAGUUAGUUUGAAAAGCCACCAAUUCUCAUUUUUAAUUUUAAACUUAUUAGUAUAUGACAGCUGAACUAUUUGCAAAAAGUAUGGAAAUUCCUAAAUAGAUAUCGGACACUGAAGGUAUUUGGACCUCUGGUGGGUUGCUGAAGAGACACUGUCAGCUGAUGUGUAGUUCUGAAUAUGUAACAGCAAGACACGAGUGAGAAGUAACAAAAGCAUUUCAUAUGUAGAACGUAUGAAGUUUCUCAGAGUUCUUGAAACUUUCUCCUUGGUUUUGGAAUAACAGAAGUAUUUUAACUUGUCCACUGUCUGAUGUAGUUGCCAGAGGCUGAAACACUGAGGAUGACUUUGAAUUUUGUUCAAACUCUGAGUACUUAAUGCAGUUCUCUAACCUGGUAAUGUUUAUAGGGAGCACUCCUUGAGCUCUUAUUUCAGGGGCUACCAGUUGUUUGAUUGUUUCAUUUAAUUUAAUGAAUCUGUUCUGAAUUUGAAAUUUCAGUGAGUGAAAAUGUGGCAGGAGACCUUGCAAGCUCUUGGAAACAUGAAUUUUUCUGUGAUAACUAGUUAUGGUCAUUGCAGAUAAUGUAAUGCUUACGUUACCUGAUGCAAGAGGUCCUACCAGGUUGUUUGUAGUGAUAUCUAAGCUUUAAAAUCUAUAGAGCAACUGUUACUGUCAAAGUAAGACUGAAUAUGCAUCUUUAUACAGGUCUUAAGGAUACCUUAAAUUUUCCAAAACCUGUUUAGAUUCUAUGGCAGUGCUCUUAAUUUUUCCGAACUGAUUACCUGGAGACUCCAUGGGGUUUUAAUAAAAGUUAAGUAACUGGUGUUUGAUAUCUAUCCUCUUGCUCUAACAUAGCUGUGGAAACAUCUUUUCCUGUAUGCACCUGUAGCAUUAGCUAGCUUUUACUUAAUCUUAAAAUGUUUUUCUAUAGGAAUUUGCACGGAGUUUAAUGCUCAAUUCUCGUUGCCUCUUCAACAGCCCUAAAUAUUAGGAACAGGCAUUUAAACUUUUAAGAGCAAGAGUUUCAUGCAGCCAGAAUCUGAGAGGAUAUAGUUACCUAGAAUUGCUGAUAUAAAUUUCGUGUGUGAACACUAAAGCCCCUUCUUUCCAAUUUUGCAAACUUGAAAGUCUAGGAAGAACAGAAUAAUUCCUUAUCUUACUUUCAUACAUACUUAAGGAGUUUUAGUAGCUUCUGAUGGACUGAUAUUGUAUACCUGUGGAAGCUGGAUUUAAAGCUUAAUGCAGUUUGAAUUUUUGUGUAUUUUUUUCUUCCUUCUAUUUUUUAUUUAUCCUGUGCUGGGGGCUGAGGGAAGGGAAGUCCCUUCAGCUUACUGUAGCUCUAGAUGUUAAACUGCAAGGUAUUUUGGAGAACUCCAAAGGCAUGUAGUAUGUGGCACUAAUGUUGAUGAAGGAAAUAGCUGAAUAGCCUGUUGAAAGAUCUUAGGGUUAAUUGUAUGUAGCAAUAGUGUGAGAAAAAGCGUUUCCCCAAACUAGGUUUAGUGUCUGCUUUUUUGUAGCUGCUUAUAGAUCUGUGAUAAGUUCUUUGACUCACUACUAAAUGUUUGUCCUAUCUGUAGUUAGGUGCACAAUUUUUGGCUGGCACUAUUUGAGUAAAGAAUAUACCCUUCAUACUGAAUUAGAAACUUGAAUGGCUAUUAAGUAUUAUAGACUUAGUUUUACACAUUUGGGACUCUUUUUAGAUUGUAAACUGAUACUGUUAGAGAUCAGACUUUUUAUCUUUCAUGUGUGCCUUUUCAAUAAACUUUGCCUGAUUGUAACUUCAGUUUUUAUGAAAUUUCUGGUGCCUAAACUUACUGUUCAAACAGGUGCUUAGAUGAUGGUACAGUUCUUAAAACACGACACUGUGAUCUGAAUUCUUGAUUCUUAUGUACUAUUUAUACCUCUUCAUGCCUAUUUUUGGAUGUGACUACAGUGUCUCUGUAUCGUUCUGUAUUUCAAAAUGUCACUUACUCCUUCAAUUGCUAGCUGUGAUCUAAGUGUUUAUAUUCCUGAAAACUGUUCAGUUGUUGCACCAAUAACAUAGUAAAUCUAUUAUUUACCACACAAGUAAAAGUCAGUUACCUGUGCCAAACAUAUACUUAUGAAGAACAAUACAUGAGGAGACAUCCUCUUGCGUCCAAUUAUUGUGAUAGAAGAGACUUCUGAGAUUUUAGUCAUACACUGAUUGUUUACCUUGAAACUAAGGCCUUCCUUAAUUAAAAGGGUAUAGUUGCAAAUGCAACUUGAAUACAAAGCUAAAGUGAAUCACAGACUGAGAGAUAGCUAUAAGGCUAAGCAGCUAGGCCACAAACCUACUAAAUUUGAUUCUUAACUAUCUGUAGACAUGUGUGAGAAUGGAUGUGGUUUUGGCUUUUUGUUUGUUUGGGUUUUUUUGGGUGGUUGUUGGUUUUUUGUUUUGAUUUGGCCUGAGACCCUGUGCUUUCAGUCAGGUAAGCCCUAGGACACUCAAAACCAGAAAAUUAUCUCACUAAAGCAUACAGAGCAGAGUUUACACAUGCUUAAUGCUCUGUCAGCUUGUACAAAAUAAAUGGACAGAACAGAAGGACAGUAUGAUGUGCCCUCAGAGCCUGGCUGUUAGGCUUAGCAGCCUUGACAGUGUCUGUCUAUUUAUGUAAUUGAACAGAAAAUAAAAGAAAUAGAAUCUGACAUAGUCCUUAUCUGAAAUAAAGAACCUCUGACUUGGGGUAAACUUUGCCUCAAGUUGCUAUCAUCAUGCCUUUUUGAAUGGAUACACUACUACUAUGAAAACAUAACACUGCUAGUAUAAAUUAUUUCUUUAGUAAAUAGAUUGUUCACUUGCACUGCAUGAUGAUUCUCAAAAGCAGCUACUGUAGUUUAGCAAUGAUUUCUAACUGUAGGAGAUGAACUGGUUAAAUAUGUGAGGUGUCCAAUCUUACAGAUAAUUCUGCUAACAGAACUCUUCUACAAAGUAAUGGCAGCUGAUAUACCAAUUAGAAGGUGGCAUUUUUAAUAUCUCAUUUUAUUAAAAAAAUAUGGGGGGGUACCAUUAUGUAAAUACUUAAAGUGAACUCAAGAAGCCUCUAGUUAAUGUCAUGACUGUAAACUUGCCUGUUGAGGACUACUA